AUGGUUUGCCUAUUCAAGAGUAUCGUCGUGAACAAGCCAGAGACCCUACUGGAGAGUGAGUUCACUCGGCGAGGCCGAAUCGAGCACCACUUUGCGCACUCGACUCUGUGGGCAUCGUUUUUGUCGAGUAUCUCUUCGACUGGUUCGUCAUGGGCUACAUUAACAGCCUUCGAUCGCUUGGACAUCAGUCAUCAAAUCGAUAACCCGUGGAUGCGUGAAGAAACGAGUGUCCAUUAG